CUAUACCUCUAGUAACUCUCUCAUUUAACCUAUCCAUCUUCCCCUCCGAACAAAACAAAAAAAAGAGAAAAUAUUGGUUAAAAAGAUGUACUAAGCUACAUUUCUCCUAGUUGUCCCCUUGAUCCUCAUAGGUUUGGCAUGGAAAAAACUAGCAGUUUCAGCAGUAAGUAUUUCAAAAACCAAACUAUCAAAGAGUUGAAUAACAACAAUAACAACAACAAGGUUAAAGAUUCAUGGGAUAAUUCAUAUGAAGGUGUUGAUGGAGAUUUAAUAGGAGGAUUUUUAUGGCCACCACGAUCUUACACAUGUAGCUUUUGCAAAAGGGAAUUUAGAUCUGCUCAAGCUCUAGGUGGUCAUAUGAAUGUUCAUAGAAGAGAUAGAGCUAGACUUAGACUACAGUCAUCACCUCCAAAAGAUAAUAGUACUAUUCACUAUUCUCGUCUAAACCUCAAUCUUGAACCUAACCCUAACCCUAGUUUUGUUUCAUCCCCACCAUCUUCACCUUCAAGAAAAUUUCCUCAUUUUGUUUCUACACUACCUCCAUUAUUAUCUCCUUCUUUUUCUUCUUCUACUUCUGGUGGCUCUGAAAUGAGAAAAUGGGGAAAAGAUGGUGUCCCAUUAAAUCACUUGAGCCAGCUAAGAAAUGGAGAUGUGACAAAAAUGGGAAGUGCCAAAUGUGAAAAAGUUGGUUCUUUCUUGCAAGGAAAAGAAUGUUGUGAAGUGGUGAAGAGGUCUGAGUUUUUGAGAUUGGACUUGGGAAUUGGAUUGCUUAGUGAAUCGAAAGAGGAUUUGGAUUUGGAACUUCGAUUGGGAUACACUUAGACCAAAUUCUCACUGCUUUAAGGUUUGUACUACUUAGAUUUUUUCACUAGUUCAAGAAAAAGAAUGACGGUCAUACUCGUCUUAGACUUGGUCGUGCCCUUCGGGUCAGGCUCAUCGUGCCGACUCCAAUGAGGAAUGCAAACCAUUAGUUGCUUUUUUUUUUUAAUUAAAAAAAAGAAGGAAAAAAGAAAAUAAAAGGAAGGAAAAAAAAGUUUAACAAAAAGUGCACCAUUUUAGUGGAUUUUCUCUUGAAUUCAGUUCUUUAACUAUGGUUAGGAGAAUGAAGAUGCAAAAGCUGUGAUGCCAUGAAGACGGCCAGCCAGACAAUAUUGCUUUUGUAGUUUCAAUUUGUAAUUUGUAUUAUUUUCUAUUUUAUAUUUCCAUGUGAUGUAGGUAUAG